AUCGUGUCGCGUCGGGUCGCCCAUCUUUAUUCAUCGAUUACCUGAAAAAUGUGUGACGACGAUGAUUUCGAAUUCUCUACUCAACCCGAGUUCGGAUCAACCAGUGAGAUGAAAAACGAAGAGAUGCUGGUUCCAAGUGAUCCAAAUUUCGAGAUAGACGGGAGACGCGUUCAGGAGAAUAUGUAUGAUCAAGCAUCGGAACUCAGCUAUACUUACCUGGAUACUCCAUCUGAACAUAUCUGGACACCAAUUGUACCUCUAAAUGCCACCACGGUGCCGGUUACCUGUGGAUAUGUCAAAGGAAUUAUGCAUCUCAAAUUGUUCAGGUGCCCCGGAAUUCGUCAGGCUUGCAUCGAAUAUGAAUCACAGUAUCUGACUCCGAAACAAUUUACGGAACUUGGUGGAAAAGGGCGACAGAAAGACUGGAAGGCGUGUAUUCGUGUGGAGAAUGUUAGCUUGAGAACACUAUUGGAGAACAAAACCAUCGAUUUCUAUAAUCACAAGAGUAUCUGUCAUGGACAGUGCCAAAGUCGCAACUACAUGAACUCAACGGGCAGAGCUCCAGUUAACAAACGUCACCUCGAAGAUGUUCUAGCUUCCGGAGAUGAUGCAUCUGAGCCAACGGAGCAAAGUAGUGGACAAAUUAGUGAAGAGCCAAUCAAGAAAAGAGGUCGUGGGCGUCCAGCAGGCAAGAAAAACAAGGCAAAGCUGGAAAUCAACUUUGUUGAAUCAGAAGAUCAGCUUGUUUUUGAAGAGUUCUUCCAGCCAGCUUUCUCAACAAGAUCCCCAGCUCCAGAAAGACCUGUGUGCAGCCCAGCUCAGGAUAUUUACAGUUGUCUGCAAAAUGAUCCAAUGAGUUUCUGGUCUCAAAUCAAGCGAAGCGGCUUCAUUUCUCAAUUCUGUGAUGACAUAAUUGCCGGUGCUAUCAAUCUGAAACAAUCUGCAAUGACUCAAUCCUUGAAUCAAAAUAGUGCAUUUGUUCUGACUCGUGCCACAUUUGCUCUUGGUAUCCAGAAGCCGAUUGUGAAUCGAGUGCAAUCGAUCGAGAGAAAUGUGAAUGAACAGAAGAAGCAAAAUGAAAUGAUGGAGGACCAGGGAAAAUAUCAAGAAGAUGCUCAAACUGAAGCUGACGACUUGGAUAAUCAACCUAGAUGCAGUUAUCUUUUGGAGGAUCUUUAAUAGAUUUUAAUAAUAAUUAUUUUUUGUUCUGUACUGUUCGUACCAGUACUAGUAUUUAAAUAAAAGAUUUUUUCAAGUU